CGUCUGCAAUGCUCAAACGAGCGCUGCACGCAUCUGGAAGGUCUCAGUCCGGAUUUGAAAUCGAAAUGAAGCAUGAUGCAACAUCACGUCCUAGUGGCUUAGAUUUCCGAAGCACAGACAUUCUCACUCUCAACUCUUGGCAAUAUCCCGAAGGAACAUCCCCCACGGCAAUGAGUUGGGCACAAGAGCACUUGCGGGGCACAGCCUCCGGUGCAACCCCAUCACGUGUUUCCAGAUCUUCCAGUCCUGAAUGGCUCAAUCUGGACUAUCGAAAUUAUCAUGACCCCUUGCAUCUUGGCCAACGCACUAGUGGAGAGACAUGUGGCUUCUUAGCAAACUUGAGCUCCGGAUAUCCUCUAUACUCUAACAGCGACGAAGAGAAGGCCAGUGCCGCUACAGAAGGAUGGGACCAGACAGAGAACAGUGAACCCGAAAGCACCCCUGAGACGACAGAGGACAGGACGGUGUCUCAGGCCAAUGGAACAGCCCAAAGGAAAGAGCACAAGUCAAGUAUAUUACUUUUUAUCGCCCCUUUAUUCGCUAUGUGUAUCAUCGGGCUCGGUUCUUACUAUCUAUCUAGUACAUACAUCGAAAGAUCAUCCAAUAUCGUCCGCUCUAGAAGUCCCCAUGAAGCCACCACGCAAGCCUUUGAUGUUGGAAUCAAGAGCACAAGAAGUAUGGUACCCCCUCUGAAAGGCCGACAUUUUCAUGCGCCGGAGAGUUUCAUGGCGGAUAUUCAGUAUUCAACCGCAGAUGACGGUAACUACGACGAACUAUUUAAUAUGAAUACAAGCGAGGCAUCUAUAGGGGAAAGUGGUGAAACUGAUAUAUCGGAAGACGACAUCGCCAAUGACGGGGUGCACGCUACUGUUAGGUAUCGAAAACAUCACAUUCGGAGCACAAGUCCGGAGUUUAUGAUGAGGAUAGUUAACUACAGACGCCGUACUAUGCGUGUCACACGGAAAGCAAUGAGUAGACGCCAAGGAACACUGCGUUCAAGAAAAUCGAAGUUCUGUGCGACACCAGUUUGCGAAGAAGAGUCGGACUACCUGGACCGUUACCUCAACUGGAAUAUAAAAGCCUGUAACAGCUUCUAUGGCUUUGUAUGCACCCGUUGGAAAGAAAUGCAUCCUGUUACCGGAACGUCAACGGACGCACUGCUAGUCCAGAGAACCGAGAACGGUCUAUAUAACGACAUUACCGCGAGAGGAAGGCUUGAUCCAAGGCAUCAGCAGCUACGACAGCUGUUUGUGGCUUGUGGACAAAAGAUGUCGUCGGAAGAUUAUCGGUUAGAUUUGUCGAAUUACAUGUACAACCUAGGGCUUCGCGGUUGGCCUUUCGCACGAGGAACGAAGAAUACCCGUGAUGUCUGGAAGUCUGAGGGCCUACUACUCAGAAAACUCGGCCUUGCAACAAUAGCAUCUGUUGUCGUCGAUGCCAACCCCAAUAGCGACGACAGACAUAUAAUCGCAAUAGGAGAGCCUAGCCUUCUGAUCGGCCACUAUGACACUAAAUACAAGGGCUUGCCCGAAUGGUACAGUAAAGCGGUGAAGGCGACUCUAAGCCUCUUCAUUCGUGGCCAGUUCAGCGACACGCUGAAAGGAAUACUUGAUUUCACUGGAAAACUCGCUGAAAUCGCAGUGAACCGUGGAUACGAGUGCUUUGCCGCUCGCCGGUAUAAAGUGGUUCCCCUAAAGCAGUUCAGUCAUUUGACGCAGUUGUUGACGCUCGUGUUCAGAAACAUAUCAACAAUAAGUGACAAUACAAGGGUUCUCAUCAAGUCUGAAACAUACCUCAAGUCACUACGACCUGUCAUGCACGCCAGCACGCCUGCUGACGUUUUGAAUUACAUUGGCUUCCGUGCCAUCACGCACAUAUCACCUCUUCUUCGUGACCUAGAGAAUAUUGUGUCCGUUCAAAUGAGGGAGCUUACCGGUAUCACGCAAACGAAGUGGCCCAGAUGGAGAAGGUGCUUGCGAAUGCUGGAGCGCGUUCUUCCUAUAGACUACCUACGUGUCUUCAAUCGGAACAAACAAAGGCUGGACACGGAAACAGUCAUGCGGCCGUUGCUCACCGAGAUUAAGUUGACUUUCGCCAAUCAUAUCGGCGAUGCCACGUGGAUCGGCAGUGCGGACAAGGUAACGCUGAAGAAUAAACUCUCUCGCGUAAAAAUGGAAGACAUCCGAUCACUUUUAAGCAAAUUCCCCAAUCGUGGAUCUAGGGGUUCAAGUUGGCCUGCGAAAGACCACGGAAGAAUAAUCCCUAUCUACGAAUAUUUGGCAAAACAGUUAUUUCGAAAGAGACUCUUAAAGGUACAGCUUCCUCGCGACAUUGAAGCGAAAACCUGGAAGGGGUCAAUAUUCAAUACUCAUCCUACAGUUGACACGCAGUCGAACAGAGUCUUCAUGCCGAUCGCCAUGUUUGAUCCACGCUAUCUCGCCUCCAAGGAGUCUCUACUGUUCCAGAUUCCCCGCAUUGCAACAAAGGUGGUCGUCGCAUUAUUGCAAGCGAUCCACCAGAGCAACUAUCCCAGGGACAAGCUGACGUGGUCCGCCGAUACGUUGACGGGGUUCCGUGACGCGCAGAAAUGUGUGCAAAAACAUUACGAACAAAGGUUUGACGGACGGAUACGACGAGACAUCACGUCGGAACUGAACACUCUAGACAGCAUGUCAUUGUUGGUUGCGUUCAAUGUUUUUCGGAAGAGGGCGAUCCAGGUUAGCAGUUUUCUCACUGGAAAGAAUAUCACUGCAAAUCAGCUGUUUUUUGUAUUGUACGCGAAGAGUCUUUGUGAAACGAUGAGUGCUGAGCUGAGGAAGCAAACUGAGCAAGAAAAUGUGCGCGGUGCCAGUUACCACCGUGUAAACGGGCCCCUCCGAAAUUCGGCUCGAUUUGCGAACUCCUGGGGAUGUGCUCCAGGUGCCCCUAUGAACCCCACGCCUAAGUGCGCUAUUUGGAACACAUAACUGAAGCAUCAAUAAAUACCGUUUUCUUCCAGA